AUGUCUGCCAGUUUUGAAUAGAAAGGAGAUCUAGCUGAUAUAUUUAUUUAAGUUAAAGAUGUAGAUGAACAAAUAUUCAGUGUUCUAUUAGAAAUAUUUCGAAAGGAAAAAGUUACAGACUGUAUAGGAUACCUUUCAGAUUAUGGAAUACAAAGACAUCUUGAAUAAUCCAUUUUACAAGGAAAGAAUUUAACAAAAGUUCAAUCUGAAAAGAAAUUGCAAAAUAUUCACAAUAACAUGAAAAAAAUUACUGAUAUCUUAAAAAAACUUAAAGUUCAUGACUAUAAUUAAAAAGACUAUUCGACUGAAGAAAAUUAAGAAUUUAUAAAACUACUUAUUAAAAGUAUAAAAGAUGAGAAACUCUGCUUAGAAUUUUUAUUAUUUUUAGUCCACCUCACAUCCAUUGAUAACACUUUAAUCUCAUGUGGGUCAAAUUCUUUUCACGUCCUAGUUUAGAUGAAGGUAGAUCUAAGAAAUAAAAAUUUUUAAAAUAUUAAGAUCUAAAAUACUUCUUUGGUCGGCGCUCAUUUUGUUAGGUGUAAUUUAAGUGGAUCAGAAUUUAACAAUGUUAACAUAAGUGGGGUGAAUUUGAAUGGAGCUUAAUUAUUUAAUUGUAAAUGGAUAAACUUAAGAAUCCAAGAAAUUAAUAAAUUAAAUGGUCAUACUCAUUUUGUCAAAUCAGUCUGUUUGUCUCCUGAUGGUAAUACUUUAGCAUCUUGUAGCGUAGAUAAGUCUAUCCUUUUAUGGGAUAUUAAAACAGGAGAAUAAAAAGCCUAAUUACUUGGUCAUACUUAUUCUAUUAACUCAAUAUGUUUCUCUCUUGAUGGUAAAACUAUAGCAUCUGGCAGUGAUGAUAAGUCUAUCCGUUUAUGGGAUAUUAAAACAGGAGAAUAAAAAGCCAAAUUUGAUGGUCAUAAUAGCAUAGUUUACUCGGUCUGUUUCUCUCCUAGUGAUAAUUUAUUAGCAUCUGGUAAUUUUGAUACCUCCAUUCGUUUGUGGGAUAUUAAAACAGGAUAAUAAAAAGCCAAAUUUGAUGGUCAUAAUAGCAUAGUUUACUCGGUCUUCUUCUCUCCAGAUGGUAAAACAUUAGCAUCUGGUAGUGGGGAUUAGUCUAUCCGUUUAUGGGAUGUUAGAACAAAAAAAAAAAUUGCUAAAUUCGAUAGUCAUAAUAACACUGUUUAUUCAGUCUGCUUCUCUCCUGAUGGUACCACAUUAGCAUCUGGUAGUGGAGAUUACUCUAUCCGCUUAUGGGAUAUUAAAACUGGAUCAUAAAAAUUCAGAUUGGAAGGUCAUUACGAAACUGUCCACUCAGUCUGUUUCUCUCCUGAUGGUACUACAUUAGCAUCUGGUAGUGCAGAUAACUCUAUCCGCUUAUGGGAUAUUAAAACUGGAUCAUAAAAAUUCAAAUUGGAAGGUCAUUACGAAACUGUCUUCUCAGUCUUCUUCUCUUAUGAUGGAAUUAUUUUAGCAUCUGGCAGUGCAGAUAAAUCUAUAAAUUUAUGGGAUGUUUAAAUCGGAUCAUAAAAAACCGAAUUAGAAGGUCAUUAUGAUUCUAUCUACUCAGCUUGUUUCUCUCCUGAUGGAAAUACAUUAGCAUCUGGUAGCGCAGAUAACUCCAUCCGUUUAUGGGAUGUAAAAACAGGAUCAUAAAAAAUCGAAUUGGAAGGCCAUUAUGGAACUGUCUACUCAGUUUGUUUCUCUCCUGAUGGAAACACAUUAGCAUCUGGUAGUGCAGAUAGUUCUAUCCGUUUAUGGGAUAUCAAAACAGGGAAAGAAAAAGCCUAAUUAUAUGGUCAUACUAGCGGAAUAUUUUCAGUUUGUUUCUCUCCUGAUGGUACUACAUUAGCAUCAGGUUGUGCACUUUAUUCUAUCCGUUUAUGGGAUGUUAAAACAGGAUCAUAAAAAACCGAAUUGGAAUGUCCUUAAGGAACUGUCUACUCAGUUUGUUUCUCUCCUGAUGGAAACACAUUAGCAUCUGGUAGUACAGAUAGCUUUAUCCAUAUAUGGAAUAUUAAUACAGGAUAAUUAAGAAUCAAAUUAGAAGGUCAUGAUGGAAGUAUCCAUUCAGUUUGUUUCUCUCCUGAUGGAAAUACGUUAGCAUCUGGUUGUAGUUAUGGUUCUAUCCGUUUAUGGGAUAUAAAAAGAGGUAAAUAAUUAACCAAAUUGAACGGUCAUGAUGGAACUGUCACAUCAGUCUGUUACUCUCCUGAUGGUACUACAUUAGCAUCUGGUAGUGCAGAUAACUCUAUCCGUUUAUGGGAUAUUAACACAGGAUAAUAAAAAGCAAAAUUUGAUGGUCUUAGCAGUUGUAUUAACUCUGUCUGUUUCUCUCCUGAUGGAAAUAUAAUAGGAUCAGGUAGCUAGGAUAACUCUAUCCGUUUAUGGAAUAACCAAACAGGAUCCGAAAUUUAACCUUAUGACAAAAAUUUGGAAGAUGACUUAAUAAAAUUUUAAACACCAUUAUUAUAACAAAAUCCUUUAACAGGUAUAAUUUUUCAUAAUUUUUAGUCCCUUCUAGUUAUACUAUACUCCUAAUAUCCCGAUAGGCCAUAUUUCAAGCUUAAGGAACUCUAAUUCUCAAAGGAAAAUUUGAGAAUUAAUAAGGCAUAGAUUUAAGAAAAUUAUUAAAACAAAAAGGUAGUUAUUUUUUGGACAGCUGA